GUCGGGCUUGUUCCUCAACAACAUCGGAGAAGGUGAUAGUGGAUGGGUUUGGAAGAAGGGUAGAGGAGCAUGAGGCAGUGGGAGGCGUUUGCGACACUUGGGAGUCGUUUGGUGGAGGGGGCGUCGCUGGAGAGGGCAGACGAAUUGUCGAUGCCAGAUGGGCCAUCGGUGGGACGAAGGACAUCACCGAUGGGUGGGCCGACAGACGCGAUGUCGAUGCCGGGUCAGUGUCCUGGGGACUGUGUUCAUGAUGAGGAGGGGCCUGCGCUUGCCGAGGGUGGUGAUGCGGAGGUUGCGGGUCGAGUGGAGGCGGACUGGUGGGUGAAUCGUGCGGCGUUGGGGCAGUUGGUUUGUUGGUGCCCCAAUUGGCGACAACAGAAGCAACCCCCUUUUGCUUGGAGGUGUGGUGAACUCGUCGGAGGAAGUGAUGGAGGUGGUGUCUUCGGGGGUGAUGUGGUGGAAAAAGCGAGUGCGGGAGGUGCCGGGUGGGGGUUGGUGGUGGGGGUGGAGGAGUCGAUCGUGGUGAAGCAUGCGAGAGAGGAAGCCAGCAAGGGGCAUGUCGAGUUCGUGAGCGAGGGCGGUUGCAAGGUCUUUGUGGCAUACUCGUUUGAUGCGGGAGAUGAACACAAAGUUGGGAAUGAUGGUGUGGGGGAGGUGGUGGCGGAGGGAGCGGGCGUAUUGGACGAAGCGGUAGAGGAAAACGUCCUCGUGGGGGAGGCCGAAGAAGGACAUGAUUUCGCCAGAUCGGAAGGAACGGGGGAUUUCCCCGUCUCGGUGAACGAUCUGAGCGAGGGUAUUGAAGCUGAGGUUAUCGGGGGUGGUGUCGUAGCAGGCGGUGUGCUGGAUGCGCCGUAUGAGGAAGGAGGUGGAGAGAACGGAACGGUGGUGGAGGUUGAAGGGUUGGUGGAUGUGGUGGUAGAGGUGGUAGAGGUGGUAGGAGUGGAGGAGGUCGGCGGGGGGGUGUUGCUGGAGGCGGCUGUGGAGGAGGGAGUGGUUUGCGCUGUGGAGGAGGGAGUAGUUUGCGCGAUGGUGACGAUUGUGAUGGAGGGUAUGGUCCCUUCGAUCGUGGUGACACGGUCGCAUAUGGACGACACGUUGCCCUUUAUGUCAUUGAGAGAGGCGGUGACGGAGGUUCAAAGGGUGUUGAGUGCGUGGAGGAUGGCGAAGAGGUCGGGGAUGGUGGCGUUUGCUGGUGGUUGUUCGCCUGCGAGGUUGUGGGCGAUGCUAUCGACUGAGUCGGUGCGGAUGUCAUACAUGUUGAUGGAGGAUGCGGCCAUGUCGGGGGAAGAGGGGGUGGAGGACGUGGCCUGAACGGGUGUGGAGGAUGCAACAGCAGUGGUGGUGGCGACAGCAGCGGCGACGGCGGCGACACGUUGGGAGUUCUUGGUUUGGCGUGGUGGCAUGUGGAGGUGGGGGGGGGCAAUCCCUUAUUUAUUGAUCAAUAAAUAAAGAUAAUUGCCAAGGUUUUCCAAAGAGGGAAAAAAAAUUCCGAAUUUACAAAAUGUCGAAAAAGAAUUAAAUAAAUUUCAAGGAGGAAUUUUUUUUUAUUUUUUUUUUGAAAAAGGAAAGGAUAAAAGGAAUUUGGGGAUUUAUGUGGAGGCAGUGUGUAUGCAAUGAACCCAAGUCAGGAAUACGAAUAUCAACAGUGCAAGUCCAGAUUACCGAGCCGCUGAUAGUUUUCAAUAAUCAAAUAGUAUCCAGAAA